AUGAUUGCGAUUUUUCUGCUUUCUAUUUUCUUACUCACAACACCGAUCGCAAUAGAAACUGCUAGUGAACGUGAUGUACUUAUCGAUUUUUACCAUUCAACAUCAGGCGCAGAUUGGAUCAGUCAAGACAAUUGGCUGUCAUCGACCGUUCCCCACUGCCAAUGGCACGGUGUAUUGUGUGAUGAUCAAAAUCAUGUCAUAGAAAUUCAACUUUACGAUAAUGAACUGCAUGGGCCACUUCCUACAACAUUAUGUCACCUAACGCACUUAAAAACAUUAUAUCUUAGUUUCAAUAGUAUUAAUGGCAGCCUAAUAUCAAAUAUAGGCGACUGCUCAAAGUUGGAAAAUAUAUGGUUAAAAGCGAACAAAUUACAAGGAUUUAUUCCUCAGGCGAUUUGCGAUUGUUCAAAUCUUCAAUGGUUAGAUCUACAUGACAAUCAAUUGACUGGCCAGAUACCAGAUUGUAUUGGCAAACUUCAGAAUUUGACCAUUUUACGUAUUGAUAAUAAUGAACUCUCGGGAACAAUUCCAGAGAGCCUUUACUCUAUGACAAAAUUACAAGAAAUUUAUGCUCAUAAAAAUAAAAUGACUGGUGCUGUUAGUCCUGCCAUACACCAAUUAGUUAACUUGCAACAUUUGUUUUUGGGCUCCAACAAUCUUAGCGAAAUAUUUCCCGAAUCAAUUGUGACCCUUAGAAAUCUGACAACACUGGAAAUGCAAUAUAAUCAUGUGAGUGGCACUAUAUUCAAAGAAUUGGAUAGCAUGCCUGCUCUGCAAGUUCUUAGACUUGAUCACAAUGAAUUUUCGCAAUCACAGUUUGAAUGCUCAGAAAAAUUACAAGUGUGUGAUAUUUCGCAUAAUAAAUUUGAUGCACUUAAUCAUUAA